AUGGGCCUUUUUAUCCUCUCGGAGACUUCGGCGGGUUACGUCCUGUUGAAGUCCAAGGACAAGAAGCUUCUCAGCGGAGAGAACAAGAACUCCUCUAGCAUUGUCGAGGAGCUCAAGCUCAAGAAGUUCGCCAAGUUCGGCAGCGCAGUAGACGCUCUCGAGCAGGCCGCCGCGCUCCACGAUGGAAAAGUCACGCCCAUGCUGUCGUCGCUUUUGGAGGAUCUGAAGGACGAGACCAAGGCUACCUUGGCCGUCGCCGACCCCAAGCUCUCCAACUCGAUUGCGCAACUCCCAGGUCUCUCCCUCAAGACCGUAUCAGACUCUUCUACCCAAGAUGUAUUCCGUGCCAUCCGCGAAAACCUGACAUCGCUCCUUCCCGAUCUUCUGCCCUCUGAGGAAGCCGCGACCAGACUCGGUCUUGCCCACUCCCUGUCGCGACACAAGUUGCGCUUCUCGCCCGACAAGGUCGAUACCAUGAUUAUCCAGUCUAUCGCAUCGCUCGAUGUGCUCGACAAGCAGCUCAACACCUACGCCAUGCGUGUCAAGGAAUGGUACGGCUGGCACUUCCCCGAGCUCGCUAAGAUUCUCAACGACAACCUCGCCUACUCUCGUGUGGUCCUUAAGAUGGGCUUCCGAACCAAGGCGCGUGAGAGCGACCUCUCCGAGAUCCUGCCCGAGGAAAUCGAGGCGGCUGUCAAGGCGGCUGCAGAAAUCUCCAUGGGUACCGAGAUCACAGAGGAGGAUCUGGAGGCGACCUCAGCUCUUGCCGAGCAGGUCGUUGACCUCACCGAGCACCGUCAAAGCCUCGGCGCCUACCUCUCCAACCGUAUGCAAGCUCUCGCUCCUAACCUUACUGCUCUCGUUGGAGAGCUUGUUGGAGCGCGCCUCAUCGCCCACGCUGGAUCCCUCAUGAACCUCGCCAAGUCGCCUGGUUCCACCAUCCAGAUUCUCGGUGCCGAGAAGGCUCUUUUCCGCGCUCUCAAGACCAAGCACGACACACCCAAGUACGGUCUCAUCUACCACGCAUCCCUUAUCGGUCAGGCGACCGGAAAGAACAAGGGCAAGAUCGCUCGUAUGCUCGCCGCCAAGUCCGCCUUGGGUCUCCGUGUCGACGCCCUGAGCACCUGGGGUGUAUCGUCCGAGGACACCUCCAAGGAGCCCACCGAAGAGGAGAAGUCGCAGCUCGGUCGCGACGCACGCCUCACCAUCGAGAGGAGACUACGCGCCCUCGAGGGCAAGCCGCUCAAGAGCAUUCCUUCCGGCAACGCCAACGCGACAACACUUGGACAGAAGAAGUGGGAAGUCAAGGAGGCACGGAAGUACAACCCAGACGCCGAUGGUCUUACUGGUGACGAGCCAGCCGCCGAUGCGCCUGCACCCAAGAAGUCGAAGUCGGACAAGACCAACGGUACACCCAAGAAGCUGGUACAGGAAGUCGACAGCGACGAGGAGAUGGCCGAUGCCAAGGACUCAUCAGACUCCGAGUCGGAAGACAAGCCUGCCGCCAAGGGCGACAAAGCCGCAAAGAAGGCAGAGAAGGAAGCCAAAAAGGCACGAAAGGCAGAGCGCGCCGCAAAGCGCGAAGCCAAGGAAGCAAAGAAGGCCGCCAAGGAGGCAAAGAAGUCCAGCAAGGACAGCAGCAAGAAGCGGAAAGCCGAUGACGGCGACGAGAAGGUAGAGAAGAAGAAAAAGAAGAAGAGCAAGGACUAG